UUGUUUCCCUAUUAAUCCAACCUGUGCAGACAGCACUCUUUUAAAUUGUCAGCACAGAGCAGAACUUGACUUUGUCUUUAUGCAGAGCCUUCCUCUUUAGUUCCAAUGGCGUGUAGAGAGCCAGGUGGCUCUAAGUUUUUACUCUAUUUUGGACUUUUUCUGCUUGCUGCUGGUACAUUUUGCAAAUGCUCCCAAUUGGCAAGGCUGAAGACAUCAGUUCAAGUAAGACACAACUCCCCACUGAUUGCAGACAAAAGUGGUAUUUCCUACAGUGGAAGGCUGUUAGUCCCUCAGCAAGUUCCUCAUUCAAACAUCCUUGAUGCUGAUUCAGAUUACCAGGCAGAUGUGGGGGGGAAUAUUUACUGGCAACCCGGUGUGCAGGAUGAUUUUUCAAAAGCUGACAAAGUAUUGACGGAUCAUCUCAUUAAAAUGGAUCCAAAGGUGGAAUGUACAGCCAACUCUAUGAAACUUCAAGUCCAAGAUGUUGCGUCCACUCCUGGAGCUCUGAUUUUGGUGGAUAGGGGUACUCUGUCUCCAUUGCCUUUAUCCAUGCUACCACAAAGCUGUGGAUACAACAUCAUGUCAACACGAAGAGAAAUGGUCUUGGUUGCUCCUUAUGAUGGCUGUUUUGUCACUCUUGAGGAGGAUUCUUAUGUCCUACCCUUACUUUGGUGGGGGUUCCCAGUGAGGAUGACAUGCCCACUGAUUAGACAAUCUUCAACUAACCCACCAAUGGUCACCUGCCAUCCAGAGGGCAUGAUUGUGAAAACUGAAUGGGCUAUUCCACUCUCGAGAAUUAAAAUAAAUGUGAAUGGCAAGUGGGAGUUUCUAACUGCUGCAUCACCCAAAUGUGGGAUCAGCAUAGUAAAACAUGGCCAAGGUGUGGUCAUGUCUGUUCGAUAUGGUCCCUGUCUGAAGAAGAAGGAUGGGCUGUACACUUUUGAAUUGGCUGGUGAAGGAGAAACUAAGGUUUCUUGUCCAUCAAUGGCCCCAGGUCUAUCUCAACCUACAAAAAGCCCAACACAGGAACCACUGGAACCCCUGAACAUAGGCUUGUAUCCCUCAUACCCAUUCCAUCAUUCACCUUUAAGUCCCGCCAAACCUGUGGUACCUCACAACCCCAAGCCUGUUCAACAUCCGUUCCAAAUUGAAGCCCUUCCUGCUCAUGUACGGCAGCCAGUGUACCCUCUCUUUCCUGUACCACGGCCUGAAACUAAACCAAACGAUAAGCCCACACCUCAUCUACAGCCUCUCAAAGCACAAACUCCUGAUACGCCAUCUUAUCUCUUCCCCUAUCCAUUUUAUACUACACCUGCGCCUGUAGCAAACCCUGUCCAAAAGCCCACACCUGCUCCACAGCCGCAUCGACCCGAAGUACCUCCAGGUCAUGUGGAGAAGCCAUAUUAUCCCUUCUUGCCUGAAAAUAAACCAAGCGAAGAUACCAAGUCUGUUCCUUCUCUGAACCCCCCCAAGACGCAACAACCUGAAGUCCCUUCUGGUAAUUUGGAGGAGCCAUAUUAUCCCUUCUUGCCAAAGCCACAUCCUGAAUAUAACCCAAGCAAGGAUAUUAAGACAGUUCCUUUUCCACACCCCCCAAAGCGUCAACAACCAGAAGUCCCUGGUCAUGUGAAGCCAUAUUAUCCCUUCUUGCCAAAUCCACAGGGUGAAAUCACACCACAAAAUAAACCAAGCAAGAAUGCCAAGAAAGCUCCUUCUCCACAACCCCCCAAGCCACAACCACCUGAUGACCCUUCAGGUUAUUUGCAGAAACCAUAUUACCCAUUCUUACCAAAUUCACAGACUGAAAAUAAACAAAGCACAGAUACCAAGACGGUUCCUUCUCCACAACAAGCUGAGGUUCAACCAGGUCAAGGUGCACAGCCAGCUUCCCCUAACCAACCUCUGCAAACCCCUAAAGCCAAGCCUACAGUUUCUCCACAGCUCACACAGCCACAAAACCCAGAGGCUCCAACAGUUCGAGCUGGGCAACCACUCUAUCCCUACCUCUCUCCAUUUUUCCCAGACCCUGAUAAUGAACCACAGCCGUCCCAACCAGAAGAACCUGCGAAACCACCAGGCAAAGUGCAACAGCCAGUCAAUUAUUUUCCUUCAAACCCCAUGCUAGGACCUGGACCUAAACCAAAUGACAAGCACAUGACUGCUUCACAACAGCCUAAUGACCCUCUGGAACAAAUAGAGCAGCCAACCCAUCCAUACACCUAUCCACUUUACCCUAUGCCCAGACCUAAAGAACCCACCAAAACAACGCCUAAUCCACAAAAGCCUGAGGUUACGCCAGGUCAAAUACAGCAGCCACCCAAUCCAUACUCCUACCCACUUAAUUCUACACCCAGACCAAAAGAACCCACCAGAAAACCAAUGCCAAAGCCCAAGAUCACUACAGGGCCGGUGCAGCAGCCACCCAAUCCAUACACUUAUCCAUUUUACUCUAUGCUCAGUCCUAAAGAACCCACCGAAAAGCCAUUGCCUCAUCCAUACAAUCCUGAGGUUCCUUCAAGUCCAGUGGAGCAGCCAACCGACCCAUACCCCUAUCCACUUUACCCUAUACCUAUUCCUAAAGAACCAGCCAAAAAGCCAAUGCUGGAGCUAUGGCCAUUCAAACCACAAAUACCUGAAGUCCCUCCUGGAUCAGUGAAGCAACCAACAGAUCCAUACCCCUAUCCACUUUACCCUAAGCCAGGUCUUAAACAACCAGCCAAAAAGCCCAUGCCAAAUCCAUGGCUAUUCAAACCACAACAGCCCAAGUUCCCUCCUGGACAAGUGAAGCAGCCAGCUGAUCCAUACCACUUUCCACCUUACCCUAGGCCCAGCCCUAAAAAAACAGCCAAGAAGCCAAUGCCAGAUCCAUGGACGUUUAAAUCACAAGACCCUGAGGCCCCACUGAGUCAUGUGGAGUGGCCAGUCUACCCCUUGUGGCAUCAAAACAAACCAGUUGCCAAGCCUGUACAGCACCCCCAAACACCUGUGUUCCCUCCAAGUUGGGUCUCACAGCCGCACAAUCCCUACCUGGUUUACCCUGUUCCCAGCCCAGGAGACUUGCCCAAAGAGCCAAUGACUUUUCCACAGCCACCAGACUCAAAACCUGAAGUCCCUGGCCCUGUACAGCAACCAGCUUAUCCCUACUAUCCAAUUAAUGUUGGACCAGUUAAGAGUUCACCUGCUCCACUGAAACCUGAGGUCCCUGGGAAUGUCUAUUGGCCUUUGGAACCUCAAACACCAGUAAAACAUAUUUCAACACAUCUUUUUAAACAUACCACUCAGAAGCCUACAGAAGGUGAAAAACUUUCACCCAUCCAGUCACCGGAGAGUGAGAUGCCUCCUCCACAAUGGGAGCAGUAUGUAACAGUACCCCCAGCCAAGGAACCACAACAGGCUACUCCACUCCUGCAGUCCACUAACGGUGCUGUGGUCCCCCAGGGUUCAGCAAGUGGUUGCUUUCAAUUUUGCGCCGUUGGUUUUUCAAAUUGCUGCCCACAAAUUACUUUCCAUCAGCAUCUGUAUCUUUCCUCUCCUGGACCAGCUGAUAAAGUGACACAUAAAUUUCCAUUUCUUGCUUCAAUGGCCUAUUAUGUACCUAGAAAUGGCAUGGGUUAUCAAAAAAAUCCUGAGAAAAAUGUAGACUCUGUUCCAAAUAAAAAGCAACCAUAUCACCAGUCAUCAGGUAGCAAUUCUGCUUCAUUACUUGGAAGUAUUCCCAACAAGGUACCAGCUCCUGAAAGUCCAAGUUACCCUUAUUUGGCUUUUAAACCUAAUUCACAGCAUUCCAGGUGGCUAUAUGAGAAUAGUCCAAAUUUAGCACCAAGCCAAUUAUCACCACAAGUUAUGCCCUUCAGGGUUCAGAAUCGAUUUUACAGCCCUGUAAAUCAAGAGGCACAAAAUGAGCAUCCAAAGACGCAAAACUACCAACGUUUACCUAGAGUCAUAAAUUAUCCAUCUGGUCUGAAUGCCAGGUCUAAUAUCGCCCAGUAUCUUCAACAGCACAACCCAAAUCGUAUGCCAAUACCUAGGGAAUUCUCAUAUGGAUCUGACAGACGUUCCCGUUCUGAAGUCCAGGAUGAGCUUAGCCCUUUGCUUCCUUACUCCAUGCUUAAUGAUGCUGAAGCAACCAAAAACACUUCAUUCCUGCAGAAUUUGCCACAAUCGUCACAUUGGAAUAAGCCCAAAAAAUCCUUCAAACGUGAUCAGACUGAGCAUUCUUCUGACCCAAAAGGUUACGUACUCCUUCAGCGUGGCCCACCAGGUGAAGCACCAAGGUGGUCUGUGAAGUCCAAAAAUUUUAGGGAUGGCGUUCAUGACCAAAAUGUCCCGGUUCAACAUUUUGCAAGGCACCAGCAUGUUAACACCUGGAAUAGGAAAGCUCUGCUUGGUAAAGGAUUGACAGAGUCUUCAAGAAAUCACUUUAAACUAAAAAAAACUCAAACAAAUGCACCGCUUGUUCUUGGACCAAAAUAGAGUUCAACAAACAUGGGUUGGACUGUAACAAGCUGAGAUGACUUGCAUUAAUUGCAAAUAAACUAUUGACUUUA